UAGCUGACUCAUGAAACAGUUAUCAUCAACUUAUAUAUAUAGUGCUACAAGCAUUGUUCUUAAAACCAUCAACCAAAACAUAAUAAUAUCUCAGUUAUCUUAACAAUAUAGCAAUCCUCUUCAAGAUCAGAAGUCACAAUGAAGGACUUAAUCAGUGGAAAUGUGGUGGGUGUUCCCAUGAGUUCAGCAGUAUGUUCAUUUGAAAGGCAGCCUAAAAGACUACUAUCCCUAUCUUCUUGCCAAGACCAUAUUCCAUCUGCAACAUCAAAGAUCUUAUCUAAAUUAAAGCAACUGAGCCUAAGCCCGAAGCUAACAGAAACUGUGAAGGGGAAAUUGAGCCUUGGAGCAAAAAUUCUUCGAGUAGGAGGGUUGGAGAAGAUAUUCAAGCAGAAGUUUAGUGUUAGAGAUGAUGAAAAGCUAUUGAAGGUUUCUCAAUGCUAUUUAUCAACUACAGCUGGGCCAAUAGCAGGCCUUCUCUUCAUCUCUACUGAUAAGAUUGCUUUCUGCAGUAAGAGAUCAAUAAAGCUCUCAUCUCCAACCGGGAAGUCACUUAGAAUCCGAUAUAAGGUAUCGAUCCCAAUAAGUAAGAUCAAUAAAGCAAAAGAGUGUGAAAAUAUGGAGAAGCCAUCACAGAAGUAUGUACAGUUAGUUACAGAGGACGAUUAUGAGUUCUGGUUUAUGGGGUUCUUUAAUAAUAAAAAAACUCUAAGAUAUCUGCAGCAGGCAAUUUCAACUUUCAAGAACUUCAAUCAGCUAAGAAGAUAAACUUUUUUUUUUAUUUUGUUUCCUAAUACACCCAUUCAUCAAUGUAAAAUGUUGAUGCAAAAAACAAAUUUGCAGAUCUGUUCAAACUUGUAACUAGCUCCAUUGCUCAAAGGAGGUUUUAGAUUUUUUAGGCUUUAAGCCUUAGUUGUUAAUACGAAUGUAUAGACUUAUUGUAAAACUAAUGCAAACAGGAGGCUAAUUCAUCUUUUGGACUAUCCAGCCAUUUUCAUGACAUCGACAGUGAGUCUUGAUUCAUAUCCCCAUAGCAUAAUCACACUGCCCAUAGGCUAUAUAGAGUCUACCUAAAAGUUGGGUAGUGUCAAAUAUCUCAAACUACCUCAAUAGUUCAAGCCCUAGUUCUUGAGUGAAAUUUGGUCAAAUAGGUAACCAAACCAAAAAUCUAAGAUUUGAGAGGUAAAUCAUGUGUUAUUAUAACAUGUUCCAUAGUACCUCAGCAGCCCCACAGAGUGGCGAUUGAAGCCACCGGGCUCACAAUAGCGGUUUUUGAGCUUGGGCCUACUGCCUCCCGGACCGUGCCUUGUUGAGGUGAGGCAUGUGUUGUGCUUACAACCUCCUUUGUUACCAUGCAGAAAUCACUAAUGUUGUGAUCACGGCCCCCUUAUUGCUAUCAUAGCACCAGUUCAUAAUAACAGGUGUUUCCCUUUUCUAAACCACAAUCCAUUUUGAUCCUCGUAGAAAAUAAGCAAAUACCCACACCAUACAACUAACUCAAUUUAGUCCUAAGCAUGCUUCCGACAUCCCUCCACCAUAGACAGACACAAUUUUCAACAAGUAUAAUUAACACUUUGGAACAUCAUAGGCAUUAGUUAAAUGCAUAUACAGGGAUAAAAAAAGAAACAACUUCAUUAUAAUAUCCUCGGUAAAAUAGCAACAUUCUGAUGAAGUAAUAACAAUUAGCUUACAAUCUCAAUCAAAUCAAAUCAAGUCAUCAGAUUGAAUUCUCACUGAUUCACACACUUCUCAUAUAGUAUCUAACAUGUUCAUAAUAUCCUAUGUUGCUAGGAUUCGAGCGGGGGUAUCUGAUAUGGGUACAGAUCAAGAGGUUAGAUUCCUCAUCAUGUCCAUUUUAGGAUUCAGAGGUAUGGAUCCGAGUACGGAUGCCGGUGUUGGGGUACGAUCAAUAACUGUAUAUUACGACAUAUAAACUAUAAAGUAAAUAUUCAAUUUUAAUUGAAGUUACUAAACUAAAAGUAAUAAAAUUUAAUUCUUUAAAAACACCUAAUAUUUUAUUCACACGAUAUAGGAAUGAAGUUAUUCAAGACAAGGUGGGAGUGGCCCCGUGGAUGACAAGAUGCGGGAAGUGAGACUGAGAUGGUUCGAGCAUAUAAAGAGGAGAUGUAUAGAUGUUCCGGUUAGGAGGUGUGAGAGGUUGGCCAUUGUGGGCCUAAGAAGGGUAGAGGUAGGCCUAAGAAGUAUUGGGGUGGGGUGAUUAGGUAGGAUAUAGCACAACUUCAGCUCACCAAGGAUAUGACCCUUGAUAGAAGGGUGUGGAGGUCGAAGAUUAGGGUAGACGGUUAGUAGGAACGCCGGCAUAUUUUUUUUUUCCAUUCAAGUGUAUUAGUAUGCUUCUUCUUGUUUUUUCUUAUCUUUAGAUUUCUAUUACUACCUGUUAUCCUUUAGUCUCGA